CUGUGUUUGUGUUAUUGUAGCCACCAGUCUCACUCGAUAUUACCUGUCUCCGGCCGCAAUUAUGUCAUCUUAGCGCUAGUCUCGCGAGAACGAAACACAAAAACCCUCAAGAAAUCGGACAUCUCGCCUUUCCUGAAUCCCAGAAGGUGGCCGGAUGGACCUUUUGUAGCAAUGAGCGAUUGAGAAGAAUGAACGGUCAAACUUUGAUUGUUGUGUCGUUGUUUUCAUUCACCCUCUUCUUUGCAGUUUUUGCCCACAAUGUGGUGGACCAGGUGGACCAGAAGAGGAACGUCAGGGAAUACAAUAUGCUGAAAGAACUUCUUGGGAAGCCAAAAGGAAAUCCUGUUGCAGCAGAAGCCGUAAAAGGCAUAAAAACGACGACGCGACUACAUAAACUCUGCCCUGGCAAGAAACCCGUCCACAGAGUUAACCUGAGUAAGGAAUGGAGCGAGGACGCCACAGCUUACGAUAAGGUCAUCUGCGGGCUGUACACCAUGAAAGACGAGUACAAAAAACGCGAGCGUCACGUCGCGCAGAUUCUCGCCGGCAAACACAAGGACAAACCUCUAGAGGAACAAAAAAAAUAUCUGAUUGAAGCCGUUAACAAAAUGGCCAAGGCGGCCGGUCCACUUCCUCGAUUGAUCUUCCCUCGUGAAGGCAGAUAGUGCAAGUUUGUCCAUCAUAAGCAAGAGCUCUUAUCUGAGCCUUACGCGGCCAUGUCCCGAAGAUCAGGUAGAAUGUUUAUAGUUUAUUGUCUUCAAGGCUAGUGAUGCUUCAGCUAUUUAGUAAAAGGCCAGGGAUAAUGGAGCUUUUCGAGGAUCAGGAGUUGGCCUUAAAGGUACACAGGAUCUUUAGAUACUACUACUUCCAUUUUUUGCCAUGUUUAUAGCACUAGAAAUACUAGAUAGAAAGUAAUUCAAUGGGACUUGGGGGUGCUCUUUUCUCUUGUUAUUUUGUAAUAAAGCUUGGUUUAUCCGUAAAAA